UAGGGAUAACAGAGAAAAGUUGCUUCUUUUUUCAGUAUUUAAGGUGAAAUGAAAUUAAUGGAGACUUUUACGCAAUAAAGAUUGGCGACGGCUAAAUACCCAAAAAGAGCAGCAAGUGAUAUAUGUAUGUGUGUGUGUAUAUAUAUAUAUAGCAGCAGCAACAACUCAUACGCGCACACAAAACAACAAGAAAGCCAAAUUCAGCAACUCAAAAACCAGUGGAGAGUAUCUCCUAUCAAAUCUAUCCCUCAGAGAUCUUGAGGGGCAUUUUGGAUCUAGGGUUUUUUGAGGGUUUUUUGAAAAUGACCACUCCGUUUCCGAUUCCGGUCACUGCUGCUCAGGUGGGGACGUACUUUGUGGGUCAGUACUAUCAGGUACUUCAGUCGCAGCCGGACUUUGUGCACCAAUUUUACAGUGACGCCAGCACAAUGCUUCGGAUUGAUGGAACCACCAGAGAAACUGCCACCGGGAUGCUGCAAAUUCAUGCACUCAUAUUGUCGCUCAAUUAUACGGGUAUUGAAAUCAAGACAGCGCAUUCACUGGAAUCUUGGAAUGGAGGUGUUCUUGUGAUGGUUUCCGGUUCUGUGCAAGUAAAGAAUUUAAGUGGCAAGGGGAAAUUUAUGCAGACAUUUUUUCUUGCUCCUCAGGAGAAAGGUUAUUUUGUCCUUAAUGACAUUUUUCACUUCGUUGAUGAGGAACCAAUUCACCAUCAUCCUGCCAUUUUAUUAGCCCAGAGCAACCUGGAUGCGAAGUUUAACCCUUCUUCUAUGAUUGCAGAGCCAGUUUCCAAUUAUUUGCUGGGUGGAGAAAUUCAAGCAAGGGAUUUUGUGGUCCCUGCUGAUCUCAGAGAAAAUGGUCCUAUUGACAAUUAUAGUUUCACAGAGCAAGAGCUGCAACAAGUACCAGAACCUGAGACUGUUCUGGUUGACAAUGCUGCUGAAGAGAAUGGUACAUUUCAAAAUUCAUUCAAAACUGUGCAAGAUCAAUUGCCUGCUUCUGUCGAGGAACCUGUUGGAGAGCCCCAAAAGCACACUUAUGCUUCUAUUCUGCGGGUAGCUAAAGUGCAAUCUGCAACAUCAGUUUCUCCUCAGCCUACCGUUAACAAAAAUGCGCUGCCUGCUUUGGAAUCAAACCAUGCUUCGCAGGCCACUCAGCAAGCAGUUGCAUCAUCAGAUGCAUUUGAGUGGUCUGGAGGAGAGACGAUGGAAGAGUUUUCGGCCAUUGAAGAUGAAGAUGAAGUCAAGUCCGUUUAUGUGAGAAACUUGCUACCUACUACAUCAGAAGCUGAAAUCGAGGAAGAAUUCAGGAAAUUUGGUGAGAUCAAGCCUGAUGGCGUUGUGAUCCGAAGUCGCAAGGAUGUUGGUGUAUGCUAUGCUUUUGUCGAAUUUGAAGAUAUCUCGGGUGUUCAUAACGCAGUCAGGGUGGGCACUGCACAGGUUGCCGGACGACCAGUAUACAUUGAAGAGCGGAGACCAAACAGCAUCCCCUACCGAGUGGGAAGAGGGAGGGGUAGAGGAAGGGGCAGCUAUCAAACAGAUGCUCCUCGGGGACAUUUUGGCGCUCGAAGUUUAGGUAGGGGAAGUGGUUACGAUGGAAGUGACCGGGAGUACAGCAGAAUGAGAGGAAAUGGCUAUCAUAGACAAAGUCCUCGCCAAGACAGAGGGUUGUCAGCUCACCAGGUAUCAAGGAGUGGACAUUAUCAAUCGGAGUAUGCAGCUUAGAUUCUUCUAACGUUUGGGGGAAAUCCAGGUUUUGGUUCUUAGCCAGUUGCAAACUCAGCUUACUCAUCUUUGUUAGUUUCAAGAAUUACAUAAUGAUAUUUUCAAGAACCUGAGUUUUCAAUGAGAUGUGUUGCGAUUAUAAAUCGCUUAGUUUGACUCUUCUUUCUUCUAGUGAACUAAGUUACUGUAAUGGGUAAUGCGUUUUCAAUUUUGAGCUCAUUUGUUCUGAUAAGAAAUUUUCAAUGUACUGAUGAAGGUUCUUCAGGUUGAUAUAUUUAUUAAUUCAUUUUUGGAACUUUUUCUUCA